AUGGCCAGGGAACCUGACAAGGCACUGACACGAGCGACCCUGGUGGUGCUGGCCACCCUGGGCACAGCUGUGAUUGCGACCACGAACCCCGGCGUUGUGGCCAGGAUCACCCAGAAAGGCCUGGACUACGCCUGCCAGCAAGGAGUGGCUGUGCUGCAAAAGGAGCUGGAGAAGAUCACCAUCCCCACCUUCUCAGGAAGCUUCAAGAUCAAGCAUCUUGGGAAAGGGCAUUAUAGCUUCCACAGCAUGGCUAUCCGUGGAUUCCAGCUUCCCAGUUCCCAGAUAAAACUAGCUCCCAGUGAGGGCCUCGAUCUCUCCAUCGCAAACGCCAACGUCAAGAUGAGUGGAAAAUGGAAGGCACGAAAGAACUUCAUCAAAACCAGCGGCAACUUUGACCUGAGCGUGGAGGGCGUCUCCAUCUCGGCCGUUCUGAAGCUGGGCUUUGACCCCGCUUCCGGCCACUGCACCGUCUCCUGUUCCAGAUGCAGCAACCACAUCAACAGUGUCCGUGUGCACAUCUCAGGCAGCAGCCUGGGGUGGCUGAUCAACCUCUUCCACAAAAAAAUGGAGUCUUCGCUCCGAAACAGGAUGACCAGCGAGAUCUGCAAGGUGGUGACCAGUUCCGUGUCCUCCAAGCUGCAACGGUAUUUAGAGACGCUGCCAGUGACAACUCGAAUAGAUCAUGUCGCUGGGAUCAAUUACUCACUGGUGGCACCUCCAACAGCCACGACUGACAGCCUGGAUGGGCAGCUGAAGGGGGAGUUUUUCAGGUGGGCCCACCCCAGUCCCCCUCCCUUUGCCCCUCCGCCACUGGCCUUUCCCAGCGACCACGACCGCAUGGUGUACCUGGGCAUCUCCAACUACUUCUUCAACACAGCGGGAUUCGUGUACCAACAGGCCGGGGUCCUGAACCUGACCGUCACGGACAACGUGAUACCAAAGGAAUCCAAAUUCCGACUGACAACCGAUGUUUUUGGAAUCUUCAUCCCCCAGGUGGCCAAGAUGUUCCCCAACAUGAAGGUGCAGCUCGUCUUCUGGGCCUCCUCCCCGCCACACCUCACCGUGCACCCCGAAGGCCUUGUCCUCGCCCCUACCCUGGAUGCCCAGGCCUUUGCUGUCCUCCCGAACUCCUCCUUGGCCCCCCUGUUCGUGCUUCGCCUGAGCAUGAACAUUUCUGUGACGGUCGGAGCCACGCCUGACAGGCUUGUGGGACAGCUCAGUUUGAACAGGCUGCUCCUAGAACUGAAGCACUCAGACAUCGGCCCCUUCUCGGUUGAAGUGCUGCAGGCUCUCAUGAACUAUGUUGUACCCAUUGCUGUGAUUCCCAAGGUUAACGAGCGGCUGCAAGAAGGCUUCCCUCUCCCGAUGCCCAGCAACGUCCAGCUCUUCAAUCUGGUGCUUCAGUCUCACCAGAAUUUCCUGCUCUUCGGUGCAGAUGUUCGCUACGGCUGACGUGGCCGCGGGCGCCAGGAGGGGAGAGGUUGUCCGCACCUGCUCCUGACGUGCCCGUGGGGCAGAGGCUGCCUUUCUCCAGCCCUUGCACCAGAGGCCCUUGCAAAUUUCUCCGAACUCAGAUUCGGAAAUGACCUCCAUACAGGAACUGUGCUCCUUGAGAAAGCGUGGGAUGUGUAUUUCAGGGAUUAUGAGCGUCCUGCGAGGUCUGAGUCCCCCCUCCCCGCCCCCCAAAAAGCACUGCUUUCUCUGUGGAA